AUGAUGAGUGUGUCUAGGACCAGUACGGCUGAUGGCAUGUGCACAAGUAACGAGGCCGAUUUCGUCAAGAAAAUCGUAGUAGACGUCCUGGAAAGGCUCAACAAUAUUCCACCAUGUUCUUUGGCACGAGAAGAGCCUGAACAGGCUACUCUCUUUGGAAUGGAAGAUCGUAUGAAGCAAGUCGAGGAGAAGUUUGGUUUCGAACACGGCGACGAAACUAGAAUUUUGGGAAUCGUUGGGAUGCCUGGAAUUGGCAAAACCACUCUGGCAACUGAGCUGUUCAACAAAUAUAAAAACAAGUUCAAUCGUUGCAACUUUCUGAAGAUUCGUUGGAAGCUUGCCAAGAUGGGAGCUGAAUCAUCAGAUGAGCGUUUGAGGACGACGUUCCUUAAAAAGUUACUUCCGGACAUGGACAUAACUGAUGAGACUACAUAUGAUUGCGUGAAGAGUGAACUGCUCUCGAACAAAGUCUUUGUUGUUCUCGACGAUGUGAGUAGCGCAAAACAUAUAGAGAUUCUUCUUGGUGACCGAAGUUGGAUCAAGAAAGGAAGCAGGAUUGUUAUUACAACCCGUGACACGGCACUGAUCACCGACUUAGAUCCAAAUCCUUACGUGGUUCCAAGAUUAAACCCUCGAGAUGGGUUGAUGUACUUCAGCUUCUUUGCGUUCGAAAGUUUCAAUCCCGAGGUGGGAGUUUAUAUGAAAAUGUCUAGAGAGAUUGUGGAUUACCUUAGAGGCAAUCCAUUUGCUCUCAAGGUAUUGGGUAGGGAACUUCUUGGGAAAGGUGAGGCUUUCUGGAAAGCGCGGCUUGAUACGCUGGCAAAAUGUCCUAACAAGAACAUUCAAAAUCUGUUGAAGAUAAGUUAUAAUGAGCUUAGUGAAAAGGAGAAGGAUGCGUUCCUUGACAUUGCGUGUUUAUUUAGGUCAGAGGAUGAGUUUUAUGCAAGAAGCUUACUGGAUUCUGAAGUUGCGAGUGAGAUAACGGAUCUUGCCUACAAGUUUUUAAUUAGUAUCUCUGGUGGAUGCGUAGAGAUGCAUGAUUUACUAUAUACAUUUGCCAUGGAGCUUUGUUCGUUAUCAUCAUCCACAAAAGAGAAACUUAGGCUGUGGAAACGUCAAGACAUUGUCGCUGCAUUGCAUGGCAAAAUGGAUACCGAAAUUUUGACAACUAUGAGAGGCAUUUUUCUAGACAUGUCUCAAGUAACGGACAUGCCUUUAUACAAUGGGGUCUUUACCAAAAUGUGCAAUCUCUGGUACCUAAAAUUCUACACUACUACUUGUCCUCGGGGAUGUGAAGGCGGCUGCAAGUUAAAUUUCCCUGAUGGACUUUUGUUACCUCUGGAAGAGGUCCGAUACCUUGACUGGCUGAAAUUCCCGUUGGAUGAACUUCCAUCUGACUUCAACCCCAAGAAUCUUGUUGAUCUCAGGCUUCCUUACAGCAAGAUUCAACUAGUAUGGAAAAAUUCCAAGGAAACACCGAAACUGAAGUGGGUGGACCUCAACAACUCGAGAAAGUUGCAGACGUUGUCAGGGUUCUCAAAGGCCCCAAAUCUUUUGAGACUGAAUCUUGAAGGUUGCUCAAGCCUCGAAUGUUUAUCUGAAGAGAUGCAAACAAUGGAAAGUCUUGUUUUCUUGAACUUGAGAGGAUGCACAAGUCUCUCGCAUCUUCCCCAGAUAAAUCUGACUUCAUUGAAAACUCUUAUCCUCAGCGGCUGUACAAAGCUCCUUACAUUUCAUCUAAUUUCAGAAAAUAUAGAAUAUCUCUACUUAGAUGGAACUGCAAUAGUCGAUCUCCCUUCAGACAUUGUGAAGCUUGAAAGACUUGUCUUAUUGAAUCUGAAGGAGUGCAAAAGACUGAGGAGUCUUCCAGAGUGUAUUGGAAAGCUUAAAGCUCUUGAAGAACUGAUUCUCUCUGGCUGUUCAAAUCUCAACACUUUUCCAAAUAUUGAAGACAACAUGGAAAAUUUCCGGGUGUUACUACUUGAUGGAACUUCAAUCUUAGAGGUGCCAAAGAUACUUCCCGGUAUUAACAGCCUAUUGUUUCUGCGGCGUUUAUCUUUUAGCGGAAAUGGUGUGAUCACCAGCUUAGGAUCUGACAUCAGUCAAAUGUAUCAUCUCAAAUGGCUGGACUUGAAGUCUUGCGUGAAACUCAGGUCUCUUGCGACGCUUCCACAAAAUCUCGAGUGGUUAGAUGCACAUGGUUGUAUCUCGCUGCAAACAGUAUCAAGUCCUCUAGCCUUUAUUAUGCCAACAGAAGAGAUUCACAACACUUUCACCUUCACAAACUGUUGUGAACUCAAUGAGGUUGCAAAGAAUGAAAUCGCAUCCCACGUUCGGAGAAAAUGCCAACUAGUCUCAUCAGAUGAUCACCACAAUGGGAAUUUUAUUUCAACUUGCUAUCCUGGAUACGAAGUACCUGCAUGGUUCAGUCACCAAGCGUAUGGUUCAGUGUUAGAACCAAAACUACCUCCACACUGGUGUGACAAUAAGUUUCUUGGAAUAUAUCUAUGUGUCGUUAUCUCGGUUCGUGACUGCGGAGAUCAGAGCAGCCGUGUCCUGGCUAAAUGUACCUGCGAGUUUGAAGACUUAGAUGCACCAUGUAGCCGGUUUAGUAUUCCUGUUGAAAAUGAGCCGCGUAACAUCAAGUGGGACCAUGUCUUUAUAAGCUUUCUAAGUUGGUCAAACAUCAAGAAACGUCAAGAAGUGGAGUUCAAGAAAGGAUGUGUUCCUACUAGAGCUGUCCUUAGGUUCAAAGUGACUGAUGGGGCAGGUGAAGAGAUUCCACAGUGUGAAGUGGUGAAGUGUGGGUUCGGUUUGGUGUAUGAACCUGAUGAUGAAGUUAGUAAUGUUGCUUCUUUGCCGGCGGCAAGGACGAGGUUGAGUGGUGAGGUAACCACUUUCCAAUCUGCAGAAGAAGCUCCAAUUGGAACUCCAACAACCGCUGACUCUACAAGUGAGAACAAUACUUUCAAGAGUGGAUAACCAAAUAAAGCACUUUAUGGCAUAUAAUGCCUUAUUUUGACAUGAAAAUGCACUUCUAAAAUUCAUUAGGAAUUUG